UAUUUUAUUGAAUAAACCUUUGUCUCUAUAUUCAUUACAUAUUACUAUAUAUCUAUUGUGUUUAUUUUUGAUACUCUCUAUGUGGUUCUCUAUACCAAAAUGGUGUUUAUUCUUCUACUUAUUUUCAUCGACCAUUUUUAACACUGCGUUGGCAUAUCAAACCAUUAUUGACGUAUUAUCAGAAGAUGCCAGAUUUGAAACACUUCUUCGCCAUUUACAACAUACACGACUUAUUCCAGUUAUCAAUCAACUCAAAACAGGAACGUUGUUUGCACCUGACAAUGAUGCUUUUGCUAAUUAUCAUGGACCAGAUAUAACCCAAGACAGUUUACUUUAUCACCUUUUACCAAAACACACCUCAGCCUCUCAGUUCCAUCACCAUCAAGUACUUGAAUCAUCAUUGGUGUUUGACAAUUUUUUACGAAACAACACUGGUCAACGACUGUUGAUUCAACGUCAUUCUUCAAUCAAACCAACUGACUCUAUUUUUGUUAAUGACGGUCGUCUUAUUGAAACUGAUAUCUUUGUUAACGAAGCUACCAACAUACAUGUGAUCAGCAAAGUAUUAGAACCACCGAUGAUGUUAGCUCCCAGUCUCGAAUCCAAGAACAAAGACUUGUAUAACUUGAUGGAUGAUAUUGGUAUCAUCCAUUUAUUGAAGAAACAAGAGCCCUUUACUGUGUUUUAUGCAAAACCAUCUAUCCUACAUUCCUUCAAUGAUGUGGAAAAGUCUUAUCUUUUAUCAAGUUAUGGUGAUGAAGAUCUUCUCCAUUUGUUGGAUUACCUGAUUAUACGUGGUGACAUUUAUUCCGAGGAUUUUACUGGAGAACAACAAUAUAAAACUCUGGGAGGGGAAAUGCUUACCAUCAAUGUUAACAAGGAAAAAGAUAUAAUUACUGUUAAUGGUCAACGUGUUAUCCGAAAAGAUUUACUUGCAGCCAACGGGGUUUUACAUGAACUACAAGUAAUGCCGAACAGUCAACAAGUGAAAUUUGACACAAGAAAGUACCUUUACGGAGUAAAUGCAACAAAAUUUGUAUCACUUUUGGACAAUUAUGGAUUGGGUCAUUACUUGGCGUCGGGAGUUACCAACUUUACAUUAUUGGCACCGGACAAUGAUUCUAUAGAUGAAGGUUCUAUUCCAGACAAUGUGAAGAAAUCUUGGCUCAGUUAUCAUAUCUUACAUGGUCAAUGGUAUCGAGAUCAACUAACGGAUCGUCAAUUAUUACCAUCUGAAUUCAAAUCACCACAGCUUAAUGAUCAACCACAGCAGGUUCCUGUUUCUUUAUCUGAUACUACUCGCAAGUCUUCUCUUUUUUUUGGUGAUGCUGGAGUUCAUGAUGACAAUCUGACAAUCAACAAUAAUGUUAUUCAUCAACUGACCAAUCCAAUGACACUACCGUAUGAUGUAUUCUCAAGUAUUGUAAUCGACUUGGAAUUAUCAUCUUUUAUUGCUACUUUAUAUGUUUCGGGAGUGGUGGACAAGAUCAAGAAAUCGAAUGGGAUCACUCUUUUCGCACCGACAAAUGAAGCCUACCGAUCAUUAGGAUUGAUUGCAACCUAUUUGACCCAUCCGACCGGACGACAGGAUUUGAAAUCAACAUUGGAAUAUCACGCAGCAGAAGCGAUUCUAUAUGAUCACGAUCUCCGAACAUCAGCAUACAGCGUGUCUACUCUGAAUGGAAAGGAUACAAUGCAAGUAGGCGGAACAGAUCAACAAGGAAGGGUUGUCAUUGGCAAUGAAGAUAACAAUGGAACUAUUAGCGAAAGCAACAUAUUGAUGGCCAAUGGAGUUGUACACAAGAUUGAUACACUGAUGAUGCCGAAUUCAGUGAUAUUGACACAUCAUAAAAUGCUGGUGGGAAUGAAUGCACAUCGUGUAUUGGAAUGGUUUGAAGAUUUCUCAUGGUUAGACAAGGCUGACGAUGAUUAUAUCCUAUUGGCACCCACAGAUCGUGCUUUUACGCAACUGGAUUCAGUGUUGGGAAGUGGUUGGGAACAGAAAGACCCUGAUGCAUACGAACGAUUGGUACGAUUACACGUGAUUCCCAAGGAACAACAAUUACAACGACGUAGUUUACUUGGUGGGGAAAUUGAAGAAUAUGGUACUCUUUUAUCGGACCGUGAUCGAUUGGUGAUUCAUGAUCUUGGUUUCUUUGAUGGACAAUACGUACAAGUGAUGGGUCAAACAGGUCAAGGUGCUCGUGGUCGUGUGCUUGCAAAAGGACAGCUUGGAAAAUAUGCACACAUGAUUCAAUUGGAUACGGUACUGCUACCAGUGUCAAGAGGUGUGUUUGGUUUACCUUGGUAUUGGUCUUUGGCCGUGGUAUUAGUCUUAAGCCUGAUGGGUGUUUUGGCUGUAGUUGGCAUCGGCUAUUAUGUAUGGCAGAAAUGGCGUAGAUCAGGAUAUGAAACACUGACAGAAGAAGAUGAAGAAGGCAAUCCAACAAAUAUAACCAAUUCUCAAGAUGAUCAUUGAUUUUCCCCCUUAGUAUAACUUAUUAGGCGUCACGAUAGCAUAAUAUGUGUCUCCUUUCCAAUCAAAUAAAAAUAAAUGAUGUGCUCAAUGUAUCACUUAA